GCGGAAGCCGCAGCGAGUGCGGCAGCCCGUGCUCCGCGUGUCCCCGCUCCCGCAUUCCCCCCACCCCGCGCGGAAAGCAUGGCGGGGAUAGGUGCGGCCCUGCUCGCGGGGCUGCUGGCGAGGCUGGCGCUGGUGCUGUACGGGCUGCACCAGGACCGCACCAUGCGGGUGCGCUACACCGACGUCGACUACCGGGUGUUCACGGACGCGGCGCGGCUGGUGACCGAGGGCCGCUCGCCCUACCGGCGGGCCACCUACCGCUACACGCCGCUCCUGGCCUGGCUGCUGACGCCCAACGUGUUCCUCACCGAGGCCUUCGGGAAGCUGCUCUUCGUGGCCGGGGACCUGGCGGUUGCUGUCGUCGCUUACCGGGCCCUAUGGCGCCGGGGGACCGCCGCCGGCCGCGCCUGUGGGUGCUGCGCCGCCGCCUGGCUCCUCAACCCCCUGCCCAUGGCCGUGUCCAGCCGGGGCAACGCGGAGGCGUUGGUGGCGCUGCUGGUGCUCGCCACCCUGUACUGGGUGGAGGCGGGCAGCGUGGGCAAGGCCGCCGUGUGCUACGGGCUGGCCGUGCACAUGAAAAUAUAUCCCCUGACCUACGCGCUGCCCAUAGCGCUCCGCCUGCGCACCGCGCCGCGCCGCGCGGAACGGGCACUGGAUGCGCGGGGGGACAAAACGGCAAAGGUCACGUUUGUGGCGCGCCUCUGGCACCUUUUUGUAAAGACGCUGAACCGCGACGUGCUACUGUUUGGAACAGUUGCCGGAUCAGUGCUGGCUGCCUUGACUGUGGCAUUUUAUCACCUCUAUGGCUGGGAGUUCUUGGAGCACGCCUACCUCUAUCACCUGACUAGGAGGGAUAUCCGUCAUAACUUCUCUCCCUAUUUCUACAUGUUGUACUUGACAGCAGAGAGCAAAUGGAGUUUUGCCCUUGGGCUCGCAGCUUUCCUGCCCCAGCUGCUUUUGCUCCUGGUUGUUUCCAUAGCAUUCUACAGAGACCUUGCCUUCAGUUGUUUCCUACACACCACUAUUUUUGUGACUUUUAACAAAGUAUGCACAUCCCAGUACUUUGUCUGGUAUCUCUGCCUGUUGCCCCUCGUAAUGCCUAGUAUUAAGAUGUCCUGGUGUAGGGGCGUGCUGCUUCUCUUUCUGUGGUUCAUCGGACAAGGCCUGUGGCUUACUCCUGCAUUCUUUCUGGAGUUCAAAGGAUAUAACACUUACUUAUUUAUAUGGUUGGCAGGCUUGCUUUUCCUUUUAAUUAAUAGCCUCAUAAUUGUUCAGAUUAUUGCACAUUAUCAAAAAGAAGCACAAGUUGCAAAAAAACUGAAGCAACGGUAGUAAACUGACCAAAAUCCAGAAACAGCCUCUUUGGUAAGGCACCACAUACCACCAGCACAUCAUCUAACAAAAGUGCACAUGAGUUGUAUUAAAGCACAUUGUGUGCAAAUGUUACUGUUUCAGGCCGUGAGAGCACUGAUGGUUCUCAGUUCCCCUGAGCAGUGGUAGCGGCUGUAUCUGUCUCCUGUGUGGGUUUUGAAACUGCAUUGCAACCCUGUCUCCAGCCCUCCUCCUGCUCCUGACUGAAGUCCCUGGACCAGUUCAUCACUUAAACGUGUUUGAGGCCCUGGUGGAUGGGCUCUACCCAUCUGCACUGACUGUCUUCACCUCCUGCCUCUAGAGACAGUGGGGCUGUGCCCUGCCCUUUGACCCCUGUGCUGGGGCCACUCUCAGUUCCUGCUCAUACUCCCUUAUGGAGUAGC